ACAAAAGCGGCGGCGACGCACGAGGCGGGACCGCGGGUUUCUUCCGUCUUUUGAGAAGGUUCUUAAAAUAACACAAAAUGAGCAGUGAGGAUCCUACCCUAGAGAGACAUUUCCGAGGCCACAGGGAUGUCGUCACGGCUCUCGACUUCAGUCCUAAUGGCAAGCAGCUGGUGUCGUCUUCCCUGGAUCACACAGUCAUGGUCUGGAACUUCAAGCAGCAAAUUCGAGCAUACAGAUUUGUCGGUCACUCUGACUCAGUAUACGAUGUCUGCUUUUCACCGACCGGAAACUUAAUGGCCUCAGCCUCACGCGAUCGUACCGUGAGGCUUUGGGUCACAAACAUUAGAGGUGACUCGACGGAGUUCCGCGCACACCAUGCAAGUGUAAGGUCUGUCAGUUUCUCCCCUGAUGGCCAGCGAUUGGUGACGGGCUCAGAUGACAAAACCAUCAAGAUUUGGAAAGUCCACAACCACAAGUUUGAGUGCUCUUUGCCAUCUCACACAAACUGGGUGCGGUGUGUGCGGUUCUCUCCUGAUGGCCGAAUGCUUGUGUCUUGCGCAGAUGAUAAGACUGUCAAGCUUCACGAUGUCCAGUCAGCAAGCACACUUCACACUUUCCCUGAGCUCAAAGGCUCAACGACACGUGUUGCUUUCCAUCCCUCGGGAACUUGCAUUGCAACUGCCGGUUCAGACAGCUCAGUGAGAAUUUAUGACAUCCGUACAAGAAAACUGUUGCAGCACUACGUUGCCCACUCUGGUCCGGUCCAUGAUCUCUCAUUCCAUCCAUCUGGACUAAAAGCUAUGGUUAAUAGUUCCUUAUUAUUCAGUCUAGUGCUGCAGUCUGAUACACUUUGGGAAAAAUGGAAGGAUACUAUAGAAAUAAUAUUCUCUCUCCAGAAAAGUGGAGGAGGCAGCCAGGAGGACAAUGCAGCCACCCUGCAGCAGAUGCAGAGCUCCCUCCAGCACAUCAUCACCCAGCUUGACACCUUAACCCAAACCGUCGUCAUCCUUGAGCAGAGGCUGUCACUGGCCGAGAACAAGAUAUCUGAUCUUGCUAACAACCAGCGUGCGACUCGCUAAAGAACUCUUUCUAUACCUGCUUUGGUUGAAGAUUUUACAACACUGAGUGAGCUGACUGCAGUGUUAGAUAGUGUGCCCAUAGUUGGUGGUGGCUUUAGUGUUUUUAUUAUUAUCAUUAUCAUUAUUAAUGCUCUUUAUUAUUUUUUAUUAUUGAUAUUAUUGUCAUGAUUAUUAUUUUAUUUUUGUUUUGAUAGUCAUCUUUAUUAUUACAAGUGUUAUUAUCAUAAUUAUUAUUAUUAUUACUAUUAUUAUAAUAAUAAUUAUUAUUAUUGUCAGUGUUAUCGUCAUUAUCAUUAUUAUUAUUAUAGUCAUGGUGCUCAUUACCUUCCAGGAGUCAUAAUGAUUGGAAGGCCUUAGACCAGUGGUGAUAAGAUGCAUCUGCUAGAAUCAUGAGUGCCUGAUAGAUAGUGAUUAGUUCUUAUAAUGGCUUUAUUGAUAAUAAUGUAAAGCAUAUUCUCUUUAUAUGCCACUUUGUUAUAACAAAACAAAGGUUCUUCACUGUAAUAAGCAUUUGGUUUAUAUACUUAAUACUGUGAUAGUUCAAAAAUAGGUUAGGGUUUAGCAUUACAUGUUCUGAAUUUCAUUCCAUUCCAGAUUACAAACAAGCAAUUUUUGAAGGAGGAAAUUUGCUUCUGAAAUGCAUUUUUCUUGGUAUGAAAAACAGUUAGAAAUAGACUACAUUUUUAUAUAAAUUUCUUAGAUUAACAGAACUUGUAGUUGGCAAAAUCAUGUGGAUUAUAUCACAUACUGCCCAUACACUGAAAUUAUUCUUCCUUAUAAACAAUAUUGAUUGUUAAAUUUUAAGGAGUAAAACUUUGAAGCAUUUAGGUAGCUGACAUAAUGUCCAGUCUUUACCUUAAUCCAAAACUGUGAUGAAAAUAAAUAACAAAAGAACUAUAUUUUUCAUGAUAGUCUUUUCUAUCUAAGUUGACUCGUAAUGUCUUCAAAACUGAAUUAAUUUGUAAGAGAUGCUUAGACCAUACAUUGGGUCUUCUAAUAUCACAUCUGAAACCUGGGACGGUACAAAAGUAGAGAAUAUAGUUCAAAAAGGGGCAUUUCCAAACAGAUUUUCUUCUUUUGCCAUAGAUUUCAAAUAAAAAAAUCUUAGAAUUAGUACUGCUAGUCACUUAGAGCAGUUUUAAGAAGUCAACAUUGAUCAGUAUAACAACUAUUAACAUAUUAACAUAUAACCCCCAAGUUGGUUUACUGGCAUAUUCAGUAAGAGUGUUUUGCAGCAUGUGGUUGCACACAUGGCCAAUUGGUAAAUAGUACUAUCAUCCAAAUAAGCAGAAAACCUCUUUUACCCUUUGAUAUAGGUGAUAUAAUACAUUCACCUAAACAGUGCCAUUUUCACUUGAGGUGUUGGAGCUUUUGGUGAGUAACACUUGGAUUGUGUCUGACAUCCUGCCUGUCCAAAGGAAGGAGUUGGGAGGGGGGGGGGGGGGAGUAACAUGUUAAAAAAAAAUUGAUAUGUUGAUGCUAUAUUUAACCCAUUGCCGCCGGGGAUGGCAUGUACGUAAAUGCCAUGCCCACUGUGAGUCGACUUGUUCGAUUGUUUUUACACAUAGUUGGCUACACUUGUACUAAGUAUCCAAUGAGCCAAUUACGAGUACAGGUGUGGCUCCUCUGUGUCAACUAAUCAGCCAUAGGUUCAAAUAUGUUGACUUUUGAUUUAGCAUUUUAUGAAACAAUUUCCAGAUUAUAGAGAACAUAGGAAAUAAGCUUAAGGAUUAAAAUGUUUCUAUAGACUUCUGUUGUUUCUUUAUGUGAAAUGAAGUUCAAGAGGUUUAAUUUCUCUGUACGUCUCUUGUUUAUCUUUCACACAUAUUACUUGUUAUUACUAUUUUGUUUUGUCUGUUGUUGAAUUGGAACAAUGAUGAAGUUUUUGUUGUGCUGAGUCAUUUUAGAAUCAUUUAUACCUUUAAGAGUGACUCACAAAAAAAUGUCUGUAUAAAACUCAUGAUCAUUUAUUGUAAUAAGUGUAACAUUUCCAUUAUAUUUCUGAUUCUAUUCUAAGGUUCAUGUAGAUUUUCUUUAAUUAAAAUUGUAACCAAA